GAUAACUGAAGGUGGAUCCCUAUCAAAUAUUCUGGAUCAGUGUAUGUAUUGUGCAAUUGGGCUUGGCUGGGUUGGGUUGGAUUUCCGAGGCUUGCUUCCAUCUCUUUUUGAAGAGGCAGUUCUCAACUUGUUCUCAAAGAAAUGAAUACAGCAGUUGAAAAUUUUCAGUUGGUUCUGGAUUCCCAUCACUGGGUCCCUUUGCCGGUGGUUGGCUUUCCAACAAAUAGUGUUGGUGAAGAAAGUCAGGAGGACGUGACUCCACCAUCUCAUCUAAUGGAACAUCCACCUCUUGCUGUAUUUGUUAAUGUCAUUAGCCAAAGAAAGUCUGUAAAGUUGCAUUGUACCUGAAGCCCAUUGAAGAAAGUGUUUCUGCUGCAAUGAACGAGCUACGUCCCUGUGCCCCCAUAAGUUUAAAGUAUGUGCUUGCUUAAGAAUUAGUCAAGGGGUUGCGGGCUGUUUCUGACUCUUUAUUGAGAUACAAUGCUACAAGGAUGCUCAGAGAAAAUGAGUCGGGACUCUUUCUCUCCCUUUGCCGAGCUUCUAUUGAGGUUGCUUUCCCACAUUGUGCCACAUGCUUUGGUCGUUGCUACCCAGGCGGAGCUGCCCUAAUCAUGGAAGCAAAGAAUUUAUAUGAUGGCGUUGGAGGCCUCUUGACAAUCUCAUCAUCAAGAGAACUUCCAAAACCAGUCAAUAAUGCAGAGGAAAUGAAAGCUUCAGAGAACUGUGGUCCGCCAGUUGUAGAAGAUGGCAUUACUCUUGAAGAAGAAUCUGAGGCCACGGCUACCAAUGCAGAAAGAGAAGAGCAGAAGAGUCCCGCUUUGCAGACCCAUGAAAAAGCCCAGUGAUGCAUGAAGCAUUCAUUCUUCUCAAAGCCCACCCCUUAAUUUACCCUUCCAUUCUUUUACUUUUCAUUUCAAAGGUUUAAAUUUUUUCCUUUUUUUUUUGUAAUUAUUCUGUCAAAUGAUGCCGAGAAAAAAAAAUAUUUCAAUAAAGUUAAAAGUUUUGU